AUGAGUAAAAGUAGCAAAACUUAGAAUAAUUAUCCAUUGAAGAACUUUAAUGAAUAUUUCAAUAAAACUGAUAGUUCAAUCAUUUAAGAUCUAUUUAAUAUAAUAAUAAUUUUAGUAACUCAUUUCUACUGA